AUGUCACGCGAUAAUUUGUCGUACUCGACGAUGGAUCCUCCAUUCUUUCAAGAGAAUAGAUCAAACCCUCAGUCUUUCCGUCAUGAGGAUUUGAUGGAUAUUGAUGCCUCUUGGAUGGAGAACAUCGAUCCACUUCUUGACGCCCAAGUGGAAUUCCCAGACUUCGAUUGUCAACAAGAUCUACAACAACAACCUUUACAGAGAUUCAUCACCGAGCCAGGACGAGCUCUCUUCACUGCAGGACCAACGAUGUCUCGCUUUGAUAGCGUUUCUCGAACAGUUCCUAGAACAUUCGAACCCGUUGGCGUUUUCCCUCGAGCUUCCCGAACAAGAAUGAUAUCACCUUCUCCUUCCCAAGAGUUAUCCUCCAACUGUAGUAGUGCCCAAAGUCCAGGUGCAGAGGCUGAAUGGUAUCAUGAUGUAUGCUAUUCCUCGCAAGGCCAAGAUGAUUAUAUCCUACCCAACACAAUCCACACCACCCCUACUCAACACUUCUCCGAUAUUUGGACACAACCACAUACUCAUCCGACACAGCCCACUGGAUAUCCAUGUGUCAAUCUCAGCGAUGUCCAAGGGUUUGCCGAUCCACAAGAAAUCAAAUUCGAAGCCGAUGAAGCAUAUACCGAUAUGGAGAUGCGUACCGAUUACGCAAUUCAAGCUUCGGAAUCCGGUGGUCAUAAAUUAGCUUCUCAUAGCUUACAUUAUAGAGAUGAGGGAUUGGGAGCUUCAAUUCGAGAUGUUGCGUCUCCACCUCGAGCAAUUUCUGCUCAGGCUUCCAAUAACGACUGCAUAUCUACAACCUCGGAUGCUGAUGCUGAUGUUGAUGCUGAAGGCGAAGUAGAUGUUGAUGUUGACGUUGACGUUGAUACUAAUGCAGAAGUGGAUAUCGAAGCCGAGAUCGGCUCCGAAUUACUUCACCCCGAUGUUGAUAUCGAAGAAGAAGAAGAGGCAUCCGACACCGAAUACACACCCCAUCCCUCGAUCCGCAACCCGCGUAAGCGAACCAGUGCCACCAAAUCCAUUUCUCCCCCAUACACCAAACGCCACCGCAUUUCCAAGCCCUCACCUACCCUCAAACAUUCCUCUAAGAUUCCUUCCGGUAGCCUGACAUGUAAACAAUGUUCCGAAAGCGGAUUCAAAGACAACAGUACCCUCCAACGCCACAUCGCAUCAGCGCACACGCGCGCCUUUAUCUGCGUCUUUGAUUUUGCCGGGUGUAGCAGUACAUUCGCAUCGAAAAAUGAAUGGAAACGUCAUGUUUCCUCGCAACAUUUAAAUCUACAAGCCUGGGUCUGCACACUGGGUGCCUGUGGAAAGGUACCCCUAUCUUCGCAUUCGGGCUCGAUGAUUUCAAAAAAAGAGAGCGCUAUGGUGAAGACAGGAAUGGCUAGGGGAGAGGUUAAGGGCGCAGAGUUUAAUCGCAAGGAUUUAUUCACGCAGCAUUUGAGGAGAAUGCAUGCGCCGUUUGAGGUGAAAAGGAAGGGGAAGAGAAAUUUGGAGUGGGAGGAGAGGGUGAGGGGGUUACAGCGCAGUUGCGAGAGAGUGAGGAGGGAGGCCCCGGAGAGAUUGGGGUGUCCGGUGGGAGGGUGUAAGGGGAAGAAUGGAGCGGGGGCUUGGUUUGAGGGGAGGAGUUGUUGGGAUGAGAGGAUGGAACAUUUGGGGAGACAUUUGGAGAGGGCGGGUGAGCGGGUUUCAGUUUCGGUUUCAGUGGGUGGGCUGGGGGAUGUGGGUGUGGGUGUGGUUGUGGGUGUCGGUGUCGGUGGGGGUGAAAGGAGAGUAUGUAUAGGGAGUACUGGCACUGCUGCGAGCGAGCAUAAGAUUCGACAGGAAGAUGAUCCGCUGUUCGUGGAGUGGGCGGUGAGAGAAAAGAUUAUUGAGAGGGGUGGGAGGGGGGAGUGGACACUUUGUGUAGGGACUACUGGGCAUGGGUGGGCGAGAAAGAGGAAUGGGGGUGCUGGUGCUAGUGGGAGUGGGAGUGGGAGUGUUGGUGGGAGUGCGACUGGGAGUAUGAGUAUGAGUAUGAGUAUAAGCGCGGAUAUGUGCAUGGGUAUUAAAGUAGAAGGAGAAGGAGACGAGGACUUAGAUGCAGAGGGAGAAGAUGAGUAA